ACACAGGACCCUUGGAUGGACCCUGUCCCCUUCCCUCGCAUUGUCCAAGGCUGUCCACCUGAUUCUUCAGACUUCAUCCCUCUCCUUAGCCUGGACCCUGAGUGGUGUUGAGGGACCUUCAGUCCAGCUCCAGUGCUAUUAUGACAAAAGAUUAUCAAGAUUUCCAACACCUGGACAAUGAGGAGAAUGACCUUCAUCGACUCCAGAGAGGGCCGCCCCCCUCCCCAUCGCUCUUACAACGUCUCUGCUCUGGAUCCCGCCUUCUCCUGCUCUCCCUGGGCCUCAGCCUCCUGUUGCUGGUGGUUGUCAGUGUGAUCGCAUCCCAAAACUCCCAACUCCGGGGCGAUCUGCUGGCUCUAAGGCAGAAUUUUAGCAACUUCACUGUGAGCACUGAGGACCAGGUCAAGAUCCUGAGCACCCAGGGAGGUAGUGUGGGGAGAAAGAUGAAGCUACUGGAAUCACAGCUGGAGAAACAGCAACAGGAUCUGAGCGAAGAUCACUCCACCUUGCUGCUGAAUGUGAAGCAGUUAGUGUCUGACCUGAGAAGCCUGAGCUGUCAGAUGGCUGCGCUUCAGGGCAACGGCUCUGAAAGGACCUGCUGCCCCAUCAACUGGGUGGAGUAUGAAGGCAGCUGCUACUGGUUCUCCAGCUCUGGGAGGUCCUGGGCUGAGGCCAACAAGUACUGCCAGUUGGAGAAUGCCCACCUGGUGGUGGUCACCUCCUGGGGCGAGCAGAAAUUUGUCCAGCAUCACGUGGGCCCUAUAAACACUUGGAUUGGCCUAACUGAUCAGAAUGGGCCCUGGAAAUGGGUGGAUGAUACCGACUAUGAGACAAACUUCAAGAACUGGAGACCAGAGCAGCCUGACGACUGGUAUGGGCACGGGCUUGGAGGCGGCGAGGACUGUGCCCACUUCACCUCAGAUGGCCGCUGGAAUGAUGACGUCUGCAAGAGGUCCUACCGCUGGGUCUGUGAGACAGAGUUGGGCAAGACCAAUUAGGAGCCUCCCUCCCCUUAAUUUAUUUUCUUAGUGCCUUGAGUUGCCGAGGUUUGGAAUUGGGAGAUCCUACCUAGGCGUCUCCACAGCCUUGGGAAUCUUCAUCUAGGAUUUUAAGGGAAGGGUAAAGAAUGGUGUUUGAGGAGUGUGCUAUGAUGCAUGGUGGGUGGGGUUAUUGAGACCUACGACACUUUGUGCAGCGUGCAACUUUACUAUUGUUGAUUUUUUUUAAGAGUAAAAAGAACAGAAAUAUACUUAACCAUC